CUCAGCUCAAAGUACAACAAUUCAACUUGUUGAAUUCCAAACCAACACAAUGACUCUCAAAGGAAAGUUGAAAGCCGCUGUAGAAAUCAAGUCUCCAGCUUCAAAGUUUCAUGAACUGUUAACCAAGAGAUCACACCAUAUUUCAAACGCUUCUGGGGACAAAAUACAAGACUGUCAGUUACAUAAGGGAGAUUGGGGCAAAGUUGGUUCUAUACUCUAUUGGAACUACUUUCAUGAUGGGAAGGCUAAAGUUGCGAAGCAAGUGAAUGAAGUAGUGGAAGAAGACAAGAAUUUGAUCACUUUCAGAAUUAUAGAAGGAGACCUUUUGGAUCACUAUAAAACCUUCAGGUUUACAAUGCAAGUUACUCCAAAGGGUGAGGGAAGUGUGGUUCACUGGACUUUGGAAUAUGAGAAACUGCAUGAAAACAUUCCAGACUCAUAUAGCUUGCUUGAGUUUGUCGUGGCCAUGUCCAAAGACGUUGAUGCUCACCUUAUGAAAGAAAAAAAAAAACUUGUUUUCAAAACCAACGACACAAUGUCUCUGAAAGGGAAGUUGGAGGCUGAUGUAGAAAUCAGUGCUUCAGCUUCAAAGUUCCAUGAAAUGUUCCACAAGAAACCACACCAUAUUUCCAAUGCUUCUGUUGACAAAAUACAAGAUUGUCAGCUACACGAUGGUGAUUGGGGCAAAGUUGGUUCUAUUAUCUGUUGGAACUACUUUCAUGYGGGGAAACCUGAAGUGGCAAAGCAGGUGAUUGAAGCAGUGGAUGAGGAGAAGAAUUUGAUCACUUUCAAGAUGAUAGAAGGAGACAUUAUGGAUCAUUAUAAGAACUUCAAGUUCACAAUGCAAGCAACUCCAAAGGGUAAGGGAAGUGUGGUUCACUGGACUUUGGAAUAUGAAAAACUCCAUGAAAACAUUCCAGAUUCAUAUUCCUUGCUUGAGCUUGUUAUGGGCAUGUCCAGAGACAUUGAUGCUCACCUCAUCAAGGGCAAUUAGAAACCAUGACCAACAAGAUUUCUACUCUAUGCUAAAUAAAAUUGCUUGUAUCAAUUCUCUUUGUGCAUGUUAUGUAUUCAUGCCUUAGGGAAUUGUAAAGUAUACUAUA